AUGAUUUUGCUCAGCGAGCAAGGUUAUUAUGAAGUUGUUCCACCAAUAGUUUUCGGUUUGGAAGUUAGGGUACGUCUUAAACUACACUCUAGUUACCCGAAAUCCCCAAAAUUCUUGUAGAAUAUCGCAUUUUUACUGCUUCUCCUGGAUAAUCUUGGAUUUUUGAUCUUUUGGUUGAAUACAAUUGGUUACUUGUCGUAUUUCUUGCUGUUCGCAGUGGGUUGGAAUCUCGGAUUUCUGCAGGUUUAUCGAGGAAUGAAGUUUGUAGACAUUCUUUUUCAUCAUAUGAUGAAUUUGGUUUAUCUAGUCUUAUUGGCGGUUUUUGUUGCACUUAUUGAGUUGGAUAUUGUUGGUGGGUGUAUUUUUUUGAAUUAGAGGAAAAAAAAUCAAUUUUUUGCAGUCUGCCAUAUCAAUCGUUGCAAAAGAAUGUCGGACAUUUUCGAAGAUUUCGGAUCGAAACUCAAUUUUCCCUGGAUUUAUGCUUUCUGCAUUUUCACCAUUCACAGUGAGUUUUGCGACAAAACAUCGAUUUUUUUUAUUUUGAAAAUUUUACAGCCCACUGUUUGAUGAUGUGCUGCUCGUGGGUUUUGAUGAAAUUUGCAGCGGCCAAACAAGAACUCGAACAAGUGGCGAUUGAUAUGCAAAGAAGACGAGGAUUGAAUGAUAUUUUGUGA